UAAACUUGAUGCUCAAGUGGAGAGCUAUCGUUGAUAGAUGUUAAAACCUCAAUCCCAGUGUCUGGAACGUCAGCGCAAUGUUUGCAGAUCAAAUGCUCAGCUUGAAAAAGUUAAACUGGCAGACAUGUAUGUGGACGCUAUUCUGUAUGGCAAUCAAAACGCAUACUAUGAGUGGUGAUUUUACGGGUAAGAACCAGAAGUGUGCUAGUGGAAUUUAUGCCAUGACUGCAGCGACGUAUUCAAAAUGCAACACUCACAGCAGUACAAAAAGCUGAAUCUUUCUGUCAGCUGCAGCUUCUUUGAGAUUUAUGGCGGAAAGGUGUUCGACCUUCUGAAGCAAAAAGCUUUAUUGCGAGUUCUUGAAGAUGGCAAAAAAGAAGUACAAGUUGUUGGACUGAAAGAGGCUCCUGUGAAGUGCGAAAUCGAUGUUCUUGAUCUGAUCCGGCAGGGCACGGAUAUGCGCACUGCAGGAACAACAUCUGCAAAUUCCAAUUCGAGCAGAUCCCAUGCCGUCUUUCAAAUAGUUUCGAGGAGGGGCAAUAAAUUAUGGGGAAAGUUUUCGCUGAUAGAUUUAGCGGGUAACCAACGUGGUUAGGAUACCGGUAAUUUUGAUAGACAAACCCGAAUGGAAGGUGCAGAAAUAAAGAAGUUGCUGCUUCCUUUGAAGGAAUGUAUUGGAGCCAUGGCCAAGAAUAGCCAACAUGUGCCAUUCCGAACCUCUAAGCUAACAUUGGUGUUACGGGAUUCGUUUAUUGAAGAAAAAGCGCGCACUUGUAUGGUAAGUGCAUUCUACGUCAGGGAAAAUACGUGCGCGACGCUGUUAAUUUCAGCAAUAAGAUGUUCGGCGGACUGUCGGUGCACGGGCAAGUAUUUUUGUGGCUGGAAGCCUUUUUUUCAAGUGAGUCUAUCCUAUUCUGCUGGUUUUUCUGGAGAAUUCUUGAGAUAUAAUCACUACUUAGAGAUCGACUAAAGAAAUGGCAAGAGCUAUAAGUGGCAGAAGCAGAGAUCCAAAAAGCAACAAGAAAUAAAAAUCCCCAUCGUUAGUGCUUAUCAAGUCCAUAUCCACUCAUAACUUUCGAAUGUCAUGUUUGUGCUCGUUUGAGAUCUUCCUUAUGUACACUUCAUCUAGCUUAUAUUACGCGUUUUUCAUGCUUUGUCGGGUUGAUUGUGAAACUUCCGCUACUUUACAUUCUGUGUUAUAGUAAUCCUAUACUAACUGAUGUGCAAAAAGAUUGGUUCUAAGAAAUGCUUUCCUAACGGUAUUCAUUGCGCAUCUUCCAAACCUGAAUUGGGAGCGUAACCUUCUCUAUUCUAAUUUUAUACUAAUUUCUGUCAUGCAUGUAGCAUCAACUAUCGUAUGGCUUUUACAAUUUGAAGUUUUCCAAUAAUUUAUUGUAGCUUUGAUUGUUGCCUCCUGUUUGGCAGAUUCCUCGUGGACAUGUGCCACUUAUUAUGCUGUUUUGAGGGAAUUCUGCCAAUAAAGUUGGUAGGUGCUGACUAUCAAUUGUUUCAAAUAAUGGUUUGUCGAGG